CGGUGUCGUUAAAAAUACAUUCCCACUACACCGUGCACCGCGCGUUACUUUCACUACCGUUCUGGAAGCAAGUUUCAGCUCCGAACCGGUUCUGCCUACAUCACUUGCCGUCCCGUCCUAUAUUGCAUACUUUCAGUUCGCUUCCGCCCGAGCGCACAUUUUCGCACCGAAAGUCGAACAGUUUGGUCGAGUGUUUGCAUUAUAUCCCGGUAGCAAGACAACAUAGUGGUCCAAAUGAAGCUGUACGCUGUUUCCGAUGGCCCACCGUCCCUGGCCGUCCGUAUGGCCCUGGAAGCGCUCAACAUACCGUACGAGCACGUCAGUGUCGAUUACGGCAAGGCGGAACAUCUUACCGCGGAGUACGAGAAGAUGAAUCCGCAAAAGGAAAUUCCCGUGCUGGACGAUGACGGGUUCUUCCUGAGCGAAAGUAAUGCCAUCCUGCAGUACCUGUGCGAAAAGUACGCACCGACCAGCGACCUCUACCCGAACGACCCGAAGGACCGUGCGCUCGUGAACCAUCGUCUGUGCUUUAACCUGGCCUUUCUCUAUCCGCAAAUAUCCGCCUACGUAAUGGCGCCGAUCUUCUUCGACUACGAGCGCACCGCGAUCGGGCUGAAGAAGCUGCACCUUGCCCUGGCUGCCUUCGAAACGUAUCUGCAACGCACCGGGACCAGGUACGCGGCGGGCAGCGGGCUGACGAUUGCCGACUUUCCGCUCGUCAGCUCCGUGAUGUGCCUGGAGGCGAUCGGGUUCGGGCUGGGCGAACGGUACCCGAAGGUGCAGGCGUGGUACGACGGGUUCAAACAGGCCCACCCGUCGCUGUGGGCGAUUGCGGCCAAGGGCAUGGAGGAGAUUGCCGAGUUCGAGAAGAACCCCCCGGACCUGACCGGCAUGGUGCACCCGAUCCAUCCGAUCCGGAAGCCGGCAGCGAAAUAACAACAACAAAAAGAAGAAGCUUUCUCUCAUCAUGCUUGAUAAGAACUGUGUGGGGUGAAUAUGCAUUUUUUAUCAAUAAUUGUUUUCCAAUAAACAACCAUCACACACACA